CCGGAAGAAAGAAUAUCAAUUAUCUAUUUAAAUAUUCAGUUGAUUAUUCUUCAAAUUUUAGUUAUACACUUUCUGUAAGGAUGAAAGUUGCUAUUUUAAUUUUCCUAGUUGCAAUCCAAUUUUUGGAUCUCUGCAAUAGCAUUGCAAUAAAGCCUGAAAUAAAACAUAACUCCUUAAAUGCCAAAUCAGACGAAGCAUUUGUUAACCGGGAUUACGUUAGAAGGAAGCGAUAUUUAGGACUUAGCAGAAAAUUCAAGUUAAACAAGCGAUACCAGGAAUGUAUAGGUCCAGGAGAUGCUGCAGGUCACUGCAAACAUAUUUCAUACUGCCCUGCAAGAAUUUUCCAAAAAAUAAAUACCUUAGAUUAUUUGUGCGUGAUUGAAGAAAGAUUCGUUGGGGUUUGUUGUCCUGAUGAUAUUACUAGUUCUGCGGUUAGCGGGUCUCAACUGAUAAUAGAUUUACCUGCAGGAGGAGAGGAUUAUGACGAAACUGAUCAAUACACAGGAUGCGGACUUUCAAGCGCUUCUUCUAUAGCUACAAAGCAAGCAAGACAAGGGGAGUUACCGUGGAUAGCUGCUUUAAUGCCCAAAGACAAAGAUGAACUGGGUGUACAACAACAUAUUUGUGGAGGAGCUUUGAUUACGGAUUCACAUAUUCUGACUGCAUCUCAUUGCACUUAUACAAUAACGGCUGAAGACAUUUUUGUUCGAUUAGGAGAAUAUGAUUUCAACAGAGCGGAUGAGUCUCGUUUUCGAGAUUAUGACGUAGCUGAAAUAAUCCAACACCCAAACUUUGUUGUGGCAACUUACGAAAAUGACAUAGCAAUCUUAAAACUCAAAACUGCAAUCUCCUUCAACACUUACAUGUGGCCAAUCUGCCUACCACCAGCCAAGCGCGAUUAUGUUAAUGAAACAGUUAUUGUUGCUGGCUGGGGUAGGUUGUCUUUUGGUGGAUCAAUUAGCGAGGUGUUAAAUCAAGUAGCUAUACCAGUUUGGCCACUAGAAACUUGCAUUGAUGCUUUUGCUCAAAAAAUCACUGAUGAUAACAUUUGUGCUGCUGCAUAUGAAGGUGGGAAAGAUUCUUGCCAGGGUGACUCUGGUGGACCAUUGAUGUACCAACUGGAGAAUGGUAGAUGGAUAACAAUCGGAGUAGUAUCUUGGGGAAUUGGAUGUGGAAAUAAAGGCAGCCCAGGAAUAUAUACUAGAGUCGGAAACUACUUGCCUUGGAUAAUAAAGAAUACUAUGGCUAAAAAUGAUUGAACUACAAUGAAAAUUUUGUUCACUAAUGAAAUAGAUUAAUAAAAAUGA